AUGGACAAAGUUGUUAAAACUGUCCUCUUUUCCUGGCUAUUGAUCUCUCUCUUUGCUUCUUCAUCUUAUGCUCAGAAUUGCAAUGACUACAGAUUUUCCAACAACAACUUAUACACCGCUUGCAAUAGUCUUCCUGUCCUUAGCUCAUUCCUACACUGGAACUACCACCAAUCUAACCACUCAAUCGAUAUUGCCUAUCGACAUACUGGUGUCUCCUCGUCCGACUGGGUCGUCUGGUCACUGAAUCCGGACGGGGGAAGAAUGGUCGGCGCGCAGUGUUUGGUUGCUUUUCGGAACUCCAGCGGUCGUGUUCACGCAUAUACCGCACCGAUUGCGGGCUUAAACACGCAGUUGCAAGAAGGGCCAUUGAGUUUUAGAGUUCCUAGGAUUUCGGCUGAAUUCACCAACAAUCAGAUGGUUUCUGGGGACACCCCUAUGGGACAUGCUACAACUGGAGAUAAUUUGAGGUCUUUUGGAACUAUUGAUUUUGCUACUGGAUUGACUUCGGAUACAGGCGCCGCCAGCGGAGGUUCGCGACAACGAAAGAGAAAUGUUCAUGGUGUGAUAAAUGUUGUGAGUUGGGGUAUUUUGAUGCCUGUGGGUGCAAUGUUAGCAAGGUAUUUGAAGGUGUUCAAGGCAGCCAAUCCAGCCUGGUUUUACUUACAUGUCGCUUGUCAAGUUUCUGGCUACGCAGUCGGUGUGGCCGGUUGGGGCACUGGCCUCAAACUCGGAAGCGAUUCUCCUGGAGUUCGCCAGGACACUCACAGGAACAUCGGAAUUACCCUGUUUGCCCUAGGAACACUUCAGGUUUUCGCCUUGCUGUUGAGGCCAAAGCCAGACCAUAAAUUCAGAUUCUACUGGAACAUCUACCAUUACAGCGUUGGAUACACCGUGAUAAUAUUGAGCAUAGUAAACAUCUUCGAGGGAUUCGACAUAUUGGAUCCUGAGAAAAAAUGGAAAAGGGCAUACAUUGGUGUGCUUAUAUUCCUAGGAGCCACUACAGCUCUCUUGGAAGCCUUUACAUGGUAUGUUGUGCUAAAGAGGAAACGGGAAAAUCACGCGGAUAAAGUUGCGCACGCCGGUAACGGAAUGAAUGGAUAUAAUGGCGGAUCCCAGCAGGCAGUGUAG